AUGGCCCUGGGCAAACUCCAUUAUCUCGGAGUGCCCCCUGAAGAAGGGAACGUUAACAAGCACAAGCCAUGGAUCGAAACCACAUACCACGGGAUCGUUACCGAAAACGACAACACAGUCCUGCUCGACCCACCGUUAAUAGCGCUGGAUAAAGAUGCUCCUCUCCGUUUUGCAGAGAGUUUUGAGGUGACCGUCACCAAAAAAGGUGAGAUUUGUGGAUUUAAAAUUCACGGGCAGAAUGUCCCCUUUGAAGCCGUGGUGGUGGACAAGACCACCGGGGAGGGCAUGAUCCGAUCCAAAGAGGAGCUAGACUGCGAGCUGCAGAAGGACUACACGUUCACCAUCCAGGCCUACGACUGUGGGAAGGGACCCGAUGGAGCCAACAUGAAAAAAUCCCACAAAGCCACGGUCCACAUCCAGGUGAACGAUGUCAACGAGUACGCCCCGGUCUUUAAAGAGAAGUCCUACAAGGCAGCCGUGAUCGAAGGGAAGCGCUCCGACACCAUCCUGCGCGUGGAAGCCGUGGACGCCGACUGCUCCCCGCAGUUCAGCCAGAUCUGCAGCUACGAAAUCGUCACCCCCGACGUCCCCUUUGCCAUAGACAAAGAUGGUUACAUUAAGAACACAGAGAAGCUGAACUACGGGAAGGAACACCAGUAUAAGCUCACGGUCACAGCCUACGAUUGCGGGAAGAAAAGAGCUGCAGAGGAUGUGCUUGUGAAGGUCACCGUUAAGCCGACAUGCAAGCCCGGCUGGCAGGGCUGGAGCAAACGAAUGGAAUACGAACCCGGAACCGGGGCGCUUGCUCUUUUCCCUAAUAUCCAUCUCGAGACUUGUGACGAGCCCAUCACUUCCGUGCAGGCCACCGUUGAGCUAGAGACUAACCACAUUGGGAAGGGUUGCGACCGAGACACUUACUCUGAGAAAUCCCUCCAGCGGCUUUGCGGUGCUUCCUCCGGUACGGCUGAGCUCCUCCCACCUCCCAGCAGCACCGCCAACUGGACCCUCGGCCUCCCGACAGACAACGGCCACGACAGCGACCAGGUCUUCGAGUUCAACGGCACGCAGGCCGUGAGGAUCCCAGACAACGUGGUCACGGUUAACAUGAAAGAGCCUUUCGUGAUUUCGGUGUGGAUGAGGCACGGGCCCGGGGUCAAGGAGAAAGAAGCCAUCCUCUGCAACUCGGACAAGACAGAUAUGAAUCGGCACCAUUAUUCUCUUUAUGUGCACAACUGUCGACUCGUGUUUCUCUUCCGGCAAGACCCCUCCGAGGGGCAGAGUUACAAACCGGCAGAAUUCCACUGGAAACUGAACCAGGUGUGCGAUAAGGAAUGGCACCACUACAUCCUCAAUGUGGAGUUUCCAGCCGUUACCUUGUACAUGGAUGGCGUUUCCGUCGAUCCUUUCCCAGUGACGGAGGACUAUCCGCUCCACCCCUCCAAAUUAGAAUCUCAGCUCGUGGUUGGAGCCUGCUGGCAAGAGUUUACAGGAAAUGAGAAUGACACAGAAAAGGCCACCGAGACCCCUGCAGGUGGGGAGCUUCGCAUGGCCCAGUUCUUUCACGGCAACCUGGCCGGCUUGAUGAUCCGCUCGGGUAAACUGGAGAACAAGAAGGUGAUUGACUGCCUUUACACCUGCAAAGAAGGGCUGGAGCUACAGGCGGCCGAUGGCGUCGGCAAAGGCUUGAAGAUCCACGUGAACCCGAGCCAGUCGGCGUUGACUUUGGAGGGCGACGACAUCGACCGGUUCGACAAAGCCAUGCAACACAUCUCCUACCUGAACUCGCGACAGUUCCCGACCCCUGGGAUCCGCCGGAUCAAAAUCACUAGCACCGUGAAGUGCUCCGGCGACGACGCCUGCCUCUCCAUCCCCUUCGUCGACGGGUACAUCAUGGUCCUGCAGCCGGAAGAGCCCAAAAUCAGCCUCAGCGGCAUCAACCACUUCGCCCGCUCGGCGUCGGAGUUCGAGAGCCCCGAGGGGGUUUCCCUCUUCCCCGAACUCCGCAUCAUCAGCACCAUCACCCGGGAGGUGGAGCCAGAGGGCGACGGGGAGGAGGACCCCACCGUCCAAGAAUCCUUGGUGUCCGAGGAGAUCAUGCACAACCUGGAUACCUGCGAGGUCACCGUGGUGGGAGAGGAGCUCAACCAGGAGCAGGAGAGCCUGGAGGUCGACAUGGCGCGGUUGCAGCAGAAGGGGAUGGAGAUGAGCAGCUCCAAUCUGGGCAUGAUCAUGACGGGGGUCGACACCAUGGCCAGCUAUGAGGAGGUUCUGCACCUGAUCCGCUACCGGAACUGGCACGCGAUCGCUCUGUUUGACCGCAAAUUCAAACUGGUCUGUUCGGAGCUCAACGGGCGUUAUGUCAGCAAUGAGUUCAAAGUGGAGGUGAACGUGAUCCACACCGCCAGCCCCAUGGACCACGCCAGCCACAUGGCCGCCCAGCAGCCCCAGUUUGUCCAGCCGGUCCACCAUUCCUUUGUGGACCUCUCCGGCCACAACCUUGCCAACCCUCACCCGGGGUUUUCAGUGGUUCCCAGUACCGCCACGGUCGUCAUUGUGGUUUGCGUCAGCUUCCUGGUGUUCAUGAUCAUCCUGGGCGUGUUCCGGAUCCGAGCCGCCCACCAGAGAACCAUGCGGGACCAGGAUUCCGGGAAGGAGAACGAGAUGGACUGGGACGACUCCGCCUUGACCAUCACGGUGAACCCGAUGGAGACGUAUGAAGACCAACACAGUAGCGAGGAGGAGGAGGAGGAAGAGGAGGAGAGCGAAGAGGGCGAGGAGGAAGACGACAUCACCAGCGCGGAGUCCGAAAGCAGCGAGGAAGAGGAAGGCGAGCAGGAGGAAGACCAACAGAACGUUAACCGGCAGCAGCAGUUGGAGUGGGACGACUCAACGCUCACCUAUUGAUUCUUGCCCUUCCUGCCCUUCUCCGGUUCCCUUUGGGGUUGUUUUCUGUUCUGGGAGAGUCCGCCGAUUGCCACUCCAUCGCUCCUGAGGACCCCUGGCGUGAGGAAGUCACUCCGGCUGGUAGAGCUAGCCAACGACAACACACAAACACACCCACCGGCAUCCACCCUCCGUCCCAAUGUAUCUCUGUCUGCUCCUUCCCUAGCUGGGUCCCUGGCGUGUGCACACAUACACACAUGCACACACACACACACAAAAAAAACACUACACACCAACAGAAGCCGUGACUCUUAGAACCCUACCAACCACCUCUUCUCCCUCCCUCAUCUUGCAGUGACUGGAUAGCUUUUACUUACGAUUAUUGUUGUUCUCGUUAUUAUUUACUUUGCAAAGGAAUGGCCUUGUCUUCUCUCCUGGUGUCAUCUCAUUUAAGGAACACGACAGCUCCGUAGGUGGCACACAAGCUCGAAUUUUUAAAUCUGAUUUUAAUGAUCGCUUUUUUGGGGGAGGCGGGGUUGGCCCGGUGCUAUGCUUGGUUCCUCAUCCUACUUUUCCCAGGGGGGAAAAAAGAGUAAUCAUGAAUGCCAAAAUCAUUCAGUGACAAAGGGUUGACUCCUUUUAACUUGCUUUUGUUUCCUCCGUUCUGGGGGUGUGGUUUGUGGCUCAUUUCAUAUCCCAUGACCCUUUUUAAAAAAUGAUUCUUUUCUCUCCUUUCAGAAUCUAGGUGCAUGUGUAAAGUGGCAGAAUGAGGUUACUAUGUAGAAGAUUAACAAACUUUUUAAUAUUUUGUAAAUAUAUUGGGAUUCUGUAA